CGAAGGACGCAGGAUCCGCGCCGCCGCGAUCAUCCUUCGUUACGCUCAUCAAGCGUGUGCGCGCGUCUCCAACGAAUUUAUCCAUUCUGAACAUCCUAAAACAAAAAUUUUAAAAAUUAAACCAAAACACAAAAAUUUGAAAUAAAUGUUAGUGAAACAUGUAUGUAUAAAUAGUGCAAGUGUGUAAUUAGUUUCAACGUGCAGUGUUAACUAAUAAUUAAUAAUUAAUUAAAUAAAAAACUUAAAAUUUAUACCUCAACUUUUCAAAUUAAUUAAAUCUUGAUAAAAAUCGAAAAAAAUUAUUUCCCUCAAAAGGAGGUGUGCCCAUGUGACCAUUCGGACCAUGUAUCCACCGCACGUCCUAAGUGCCGCCACCGCCGCCGCAUCCACAUCCUCGGUGCCGAGUUAAAUCGCACAGAAAUCGUCGAUUUGGCGUGGAAUUACGCCGCCCGGACCCGUCCCGUAAUUCUUCAACUCUCAACCCACUGGUAACGAUCAGGAUCAGGAUCAACCCGCGUCUUGCUUCUCAAUUAACCAUAAAAUCGUGAAACACUGCAAUAAAACCCAACGGAAUUAAAUUAAAAACGCAAAAAGUUACUAAAUAAAGCAUAGAAAUACUUGUUACUCACAAUCCCCUUUGGGCGUUGAUUAAUUGUUAAUUAAUUUGCUUUAAUGAAGAAUCCGCGCGCCGAGAUUAAUGAAAGCCGAAAAUCCAAAGAUCCCAAUUCGAUGUUUUAAUUACCGUCAAAGGUCGGAAAAAGUAUAAAUCACAAAUUAAAUUCAAUUAAAUUAUACCUGAGGUUUGAAAAGAGAGGAAAAGAAAAUUGAAAUAUAAGUGAAGCGUACGGAAACACACAAAGUGAGGAAGUAAUAAGAAAGUGGAACAAACUAAUUAUGUGUCUUUAAUUAAGCGAUAUCGUAGAGUGACUGUUGCGCAAUCACGGCUUGUGUAUGUGUGUGCAUCGUGGAUGUGUCAUGGAUGUGACGAACUUUGGUAUUUGAGGAUUCUUCGAAUGAAAAAUAUGAAAUAAUGUACUGGUCAAUAUGGAUUGGCGCAGCAUUACUCCAUUGUGCUGUGCGAGUGCUGCCGGCAGCAAACGGCGGCGAUAGCACCAGCAAUGUGCUGCACAUCGGCGGCAUCUUCCCCAUCGCAGGCGAGGGCGGCUGGCAGGGCGGACAGGCAUGCGAGCCGGCGGCGAAAAUCGCCCUCGAGGACGUCAACAGUCGCAAGGACCUCCUGCCUGGAUACAUACUUAAAUUACACAGCAAUGACAGCGAGUGUGAACCUGGCCUGGGUGCAAGCGUCAUGUACAAUCUGCUCUACAAUCAGCCCCAGAAGCUGAUGUUGCUUGCCGGAUGCAGUACGGUGUGUACGACUGUUGCUGAAGCUGCAAAAAUGUGGAAUCUUGUCGUGCUGUGCUACGGCGCAAGUUCGCCUGCGCUAUCUGACAGACAACGAUUCCCGACAUUAUUCCGCACGCAUCCGUCAGCGACAGUGCACAACCCAACACGCAUCAAGUUGAUGAAAAAGUUCGGAUGGUCACGCGUCGCUAUUCUACAGCAAGCAGAAGAAGUAUUUAUUUCAACCGUGGAAGAUCUGGAAGCACGCUGCACUGAAGCAGGCAUAGAAAUUGUCACGCGGCAGAGUUUUAUGACGGAUCCAACUGAUGCGGUGCGUAAUCUACGCCGGCAGGACGCGAGAGUCAUCGUUGGAUUGUUUUACGUUGUUGCUGCGCGCCGCGUGCUGUGCGAGAUGUACAAACAGAACCUGUACGGACGAUCUUAUGUUUGGUAUUUUAUCGGAUGGUACGAAGAUAAUUGGUUCGAAGUGAAUCUCGAGAAGGAGGGAAUCGACUGCACCGUGGAGCAGAUGCGCAAGGCGGCCGAAGGGCACAUCACCACCGAGGCGCUCAUGUGGAACCAGAACCUCAACGAGCGCACCAUUUCAGGCAUGACGUCGGAGGACUUCCGGCUGCGGCUGAACGACGUACUACGCAAGGAGGGCUACGACAUUGAUAACCAGCGCUUUCCUGAAGGUUAUCAAGAAGCCCCGCUGGCGUACGACGCCGUAUGGUCGGUUGCUUUAGCAUUCAACAAGACAAUGGACCGUUUGCACAAAUACGGCAAAAGCCUCAAAGACUUCAACUACAACAAUAAGGAAAUCGCCGACGAUAUUUACUCAGCGAUCAAUUCUACACAAUUUUUAGGAGUUUCCGGUUUUGUUGCGUUCAGUUCUCAAGGUGACCGCAUUGCGCUCACGCAGAUCGAGCAAGUUAUCAACGGGAAUUACAUCGUCCUGGGAUACUAUGACACGCAGGCGGACAAUCUCACAUGGUUCGACAGGGAAGUCUGGAGUGGUGGUAAAGUGCCUCAAGAUCGAACAAUCAUACGCAAAGUGUUGCGAACCGUCUCGCUGCCGCUCUUCAUCUGCAUGUGCAUCAUUUCGAGUAUAGGAAUCUUAGUCGCAAUUGGCCUUAUAAUAUUUAACAUCUGGAAUAGUCAUAGAAGAGUAAUACAAUCAUCGCAUCCGGUGUGCAACACGAUAAUGCUGGUCGGCGUCAUUGUCUGCUUGACCAGCGUGUAUCUGCUGGGUUUAGAUGGGCGAUUUGUCGCCCCGGAAGCUUACCCCUCCGUGUGUCAGACGCGAACAUGGCUGAUCACAUUCGGCUUCACACUCUCCUACGGCGCCAUGUUUAGCAAGGUGUGGCGUGUGCACAGACUCACCACCAAGGCCAAGAGCGAUCCCAAGGUUAAAACGAAAACAGUCCAACCCUGGAAGUUAUACUCGAUGGUGACUGGUCUACUGGUGUUGGACAUUGUUAUCAUGCUUGCGUGGCAACUCCAUGAUCCGUUACAACGUCGCGUUGAGUUAUUCCCACUUGAAGAUCCAAUUUCAGCCGCGGACGAUUCAAAAAUCCGCCCGGAACUGGAGCACUGCGAGAGUGAGAACAAUACAGUGUGGUUGGGGGUGAUUUACGGCUACAAAGGACUUGUUUUGGUAUUCGGCUUGUUCCUCGCAUAUGAAACGCGUUCUGUCAAAGUGAAGCAAAUCAACGACUCGCGGUACGUCGGUAUGUCCAUCUACAACGUGGUGAUUUUAUGUUUAAUUACUGCGCCGGUAACCAUGGUGAUUGCGAGUCAACAAGACGCAUCGUAUGCAUUUGUGGGACUCGCCAUUGUUUUCUGCUGCUUCCUCAGCAUGGCGCUCAUAUUCGUACCCAAGGUCAUUGAGGUUAUUCGACAUCCUAAGGAUAAAGCGGAAAGUAAAUACAAUCCGGAUGUGGGCGUGUCGAAAGAGGAAGAGGAAAAGUAUCAGAAGCUUGUGGAUGAAAAUGAAGAACUGCAGAGAUUAAUCACGCAGAAAGAAGAUAAAAUAAAAGUGCUGAAGGAUCGCAUCGCUGAAAAAGAGUCGAAGGGCAGCGGAGUGGGCGGCGCUGUAAGCGGCGUCUCCGCCUCGGCGGACAGCGACCGCCCCACGGGGCGUGCGUCGCUAACGCAAGGUAAGGACAAUCUGAUCGUCGCCGAUUUCAUAACGGACGCCGGCACCUCGGACAGCGCAUUCGGCUGCGUCUCCGUGUACACGCGCUCGAGCCGCUGCAGCCAAUCGGAUUUCGAGUUCAGCGAGAGCUAUCUCUAAGCCACGCCCUCAUAACAAAACCCAACAUAACCUCUAACUAUAACCCUGCAACCAAUGCCUUACCCGUUAAUAUAUUGCUAGUGACAAAUCCCUCUAUACACACACACACACACCGACACAUAACCUCACCAGAAACGUAAAUAAAAUACGUCAAUUACUCGCCCUUAACCUUAAAUUAAAAAUAUUUACUAAAAACACACUGUAUGCACCUUCACACCGAAAUUAUUCAAUCUACGUGUGUAAUUUUUUGUAAAUAUUGUGUGUAGAAUCACAAUCACGGACACAGUGUAUGCGACAGCUCAUUUCAUACUGAGACGGAAAAAACAAAAUGGCGGAUGUGGAUUUUAUUGUGUGUGACAUGUGUGCUAAUUGACUCUGUGUUUGUAGGUGUGAAAUGGGCUUAGUUCUAUCAUAACAAUUGCAAAUUGUUACUACCCCCACUCUCUCUGUAUCUCUGUCCCCCUCGCGGCAGGUAAAGAAAACACAAAAUUUCGAAAAUGUCAAAAUCUGCAUGUGGUUUAUUUUCUUAUGAUAUUCUCUUGAGCAUUUUUGACGUAGGACAAGUAUUACUCAUUCGAAACGCAUGUUUAGAUCAAUUACCAUCCAAUAAUACACACACACUGAAUAAUUUCAAGGUUAUAUUUGAUAUUAUCUUGAGGUUAUGUUUUCUUGCUCUCUUCAGGUUGAAAUAAUUUUUAAUUUUUGGUUGAAUGUUUUAAUUUUCCGGUUUUCCGCUUUAUAAAUUAACUAAUAAUUUUUGAGUAAUUUUAGUCCAUUUGGGGAGUUUAAAACCCAUUCCCGGCUUUUAUUUCAAAACUUCCGGUUUUCCGGUUUAUUAAUUAAGUCGAAUUUACAAAAAUUUAUGGUAUUAAUACACCGAAAGAAGAUAAAAUAAAAGUGCAUGAGUUUUAUUUUAUUUUUCCGGUUUUCCGGUUUUUAAAUAUCCAAUAUUUCUUAAUUUUUAAAUAAUUUGAUCCCAUUUGGGGCGUUUAAAACCCAUUCCCGGCUUUUAUUUCACAACUUCCGGUUUUCCGGUUUAUUAAUUAAGUCGAAUUAAUAAAAUUUAAGCUAUUAAUACACAGAAAGAAGAUAAAAUAAAAGUGCUGAAGGAUCGCAUGUUUAGAUCAAUUACCAUCCAAUAACACACACACACACACUGAAUAAUUUCAAGGUUAUAUCUGAUAUUAUCUUGAGGUUAUGUUUUCUUGCUCUCUUCAGGUUGAAAUACGCUGCUUAUAUAAAUUAUAUUAUGAUUAGUUGAUUAUUUAUAGGACAACGAAUAUUUGUUUUGCCAUUAUAUCUCGUUAUAACAUAAACUCCAGCAUAACCUCAAAAUUUAUGUUGUAACGAGAUGCUGCAUAUCUAGUUGCGUUGUAGUUGGAUUGCUGUAGGCGCUCUGAUUGGUGGAUUAUUCACAUUCACACACAAUGACACACUGACACACACAUAAUGAAAACAUAAAACAUUUGUGUUUUUAGCGUGUUGUGUGUGGUUUUGGUUUUUGAUGACAGUGUGUGCUUUAGUUUUUGGAGCGGAGAGUGAAGCAGUGGAUGACACAACUUGUUGUUUCUUCUUUCUGUCGACAGAUACGCGCGACGAGCUGAUUUAAAGCAGCGUCGUCAAUGGCAACGAAACAAACGAAGCGAGAAUUGUUGCGCGUCACAACGACAUAGAUAAUGCAAACCAAAAAAAACGUAGCAUAACCUAAAAUAUAAAACACACACAAACUUAAUAAACAUAACCUAAUGUGAAUUUUAUUAUUUCGUAAACAUAAUGAAAUUCAAGCGGAACGCGAAGUUAAUUUGAUUUGAACACACUGUAUAAAUUUAUUACGUGGUAAUAACCGCUCUAAAGUGCACUCCAGCGCGCGCUUAGACACAGCAAACGCAAGAAAAUGAAGAAAAUACAAGUUGAGUGCACUUUUAGGUUAUGAAUAAUAGGUUAUGUUUAAUAUUGGAAUUUUCAUGAAGAUAAAAUUCAAAAAUGCUCAAUUUACAUCACAUUACACAACACAACACACUAAAUAAUGAAAGAUUUUCGGUUUUUAUUAUAUUAUAUUAGAUUGUACAAAUUUAUUGAGGCAAACCAUAACCUAAAAAUCUGAAUCAACUGGGGUGCGUUCACAUUCGGCGAGCAACGCGAAUUUAACCAUGAUUCCACACAUCACUCGCGAAUGUCAACAAAAAAAAAACAAUUCUAAAUGUUGUGAUAGAGACAGGACUCUAACUUACCUUAGCAUCAUCAGAACAUCAACGUAGGCAACCAAACAUACACAUUCACACACAAUGUGACGAUGUGUACUGAACAUGCUAGAGAUAUCAACGUAUUAUAUGACAACCUAACCUUAAAAAACCUAAAAACAAAGCAAAAUUUGUUUUGAUUGCUCAUUAUAUAAACUAUGAUUACAUUUAACACUCUAACACUCAUCGAUAAACGAUAAUAAAUGGUUGUGUACGUUAUCUAUAAAUAUAUUGUACAUAAAUAUUUAUAUACAAAGUGUUUGAAUGAUUUUAUGUGAAAAUUGUGUUUUUGAACACUUUGUAUAUAAUCUAGGGAAUUUUUUGCGCCAAAACGUAAUAAGAAAUAAUCGGUUAGUGAUAUUAUUAAUUAUUACCAAAAAAACUGUGUACAAUGCAACUGAUUAAUUACUGAAUUAAUUACGUAAGCGACGAUAAGUAAUGAAUAACUAGGUUAUGAGAUGUUUAGUCACCGGUUAUAACGAGAUAUGUGGCAAAUAACAACUAACAUACCAUGUGGUUUAAGUUUUGUGUAAAAUAAAGUUUAUAGCUAUAGUGUGUUGGCAGAUGUUUACGAAUUGUUGCGGUUUUUGUGUUUUCUAUGCGUUUGGUUAAGCGAAUUGUUAGCAGAGUUAGUAAAUCAACCAAAAAUUCAUAACCUAUAAAUGACGUUUUUCUCUCUCUGUGAAAUUAUCUCUUAUGCAUCGAAUUAUUAUGCACAAAAACAAAACAAUACAAGAAUACAAUGUGAACACACUGUAUAAUAAUCGUAUGGUUGAUGUACUAAUUUCGAUAAAUGUGUUUGUUGUUAACGAGACUUUGAAUUCUGUGAAACGCAAGACAAGAUGGCGUCGCGUGUGUCACUACCAUGUUAUGGCUCAAAACAUCGUAGUGACCUUGAGGUGGCGCUGUGGUUGUUUUCGGCGUUGUGCUGUAGAGAACUAAAAACACACUGUACGUGAGAUUUGUGUUUAGAUCGCGAAGAAUCAUCAUGUUUUCAUCCGAAUUCAUUUCUUGUUGUUUACAUAAUGUUAAUAAUGAUUAGUAACUACAAAUACUUAAAUAAAACUAUACCGAGAUGGAAUGGCGGCGGUUUAGCGACGAGAUGAACAUCCGGUGGAUGGUGGAUGUGUGUACACACGGCUUAUUAUUCAAGAUGGCGGAGAUGGUCAAAGCAUAUAUGUGUUCAGAACCCAAUCAGCUGUAAACUUAUAAUGAAGUAUAAUGAAGUAAUGCAACAAAUAGUUUACAAUCUAAAACAAAAGUAACCAAAAAAACAACUGAUCUUGUAUGAAAAUAACAAAAACAAAAUAUGUGAAAAUAUUUGAAACAAACGAAAGUGACAAAAAAAUUAAAUUAUUAUAAGUGUACAACAA